AUGGCAGUUCGCGAGCUUGAUUUUACGGUGCGCACUUCAAUCCGAGGCGUCACAUUCCCGCUGGCCUUCUUCAUGUCGCCGCAACCGUUGGACAGCAGCUCACCGCUACCACUGGAGGUGCUGCGCAUCGAGUAUAUAGGGAGCUUGGGACUGUUCCUGGGCAAAGGAAAUGUGGCGGCAGCCCUGCCCCGCCUGCGCACGCUGUCCUUCUCCUGCACCGCCGUCCACGUGUCCCAGGGGACAGACGCCUCGCUGCCGCCGCUCUCCGACUUCAGCAUCAGCAACGGCAGCCUCCUUGUCGUCGACCACAAUGCUUGGAGCCCCAACAGCUUGGACGUCCUCAUCCAGCUGUCAGAGCGGCUGGAGGAGCUGAACCUCAGCGAGUGCAGGCUGGGCCACGUGCCAGCUGCGCUGUCGGCUCUCACCAACCUGCGUGUCUGCUACCUGCACGGCGUGUUGGAUGAGGGCGCCAGCGGCGAGCAGCUGGCCAGCUGGCAGGCGCUGGGCCCGCUGCGCCGCCUCCAGUUCCUCUCCAUCAGCCGCAACGCGCUGCAGAGCCUGCCACCCGCGGUGGCGGCGCUGCCCGGCCUGCGCGGGCUGCACCUGGAGGAAAACGGCCUGCUGGAGCUGCCGGCAGGCGCACCUUGCUGGGGCGACUUGCGCGAGCUGGUUGUGGACUGGCACGCCGCCCUGGGCAGCCCCGCUGCGCUGCGUGGCGCCACACGCCUCACCCGCCUGGUGCUCAACGUGGAUUCCCCAGAGGAGCCUACGGGAUACGUGGGGCCCAGUGAGGCAGGCGAGCACCUGCUGCAGGCCCUGGCCGCCCUGCCCGGGCUGCGGCUUGUGGAGGAGGUGCGGCGGGGGUGGCGCCACGACAUCGACCCAGACGUGGCUCAUGUCAUGUGGCACCUGGGGCGGCGCUGCCCAGACGCCCAGCUGGGCCGGCUGAACGGCACCAACGUGGGCUGGACGCUGUCGCGCCUGCUUGCCGGCCUGGAGCACAACAAGGGCCUGAGUCUGCUGCAAGAUUGA